CUUUCUCUCUUUCUCUCUCUAUCCUUUCUCUCUCUCGAUUUCGACUUCUCUCCCGCACACACUCGCAUACACCCAGAGAUCAUCCACGACGCCGGCGGCACACCUCUUCAGCCUUGACCCCACGUUCCCGUUUCCCCCAAAUCACCCCUACCCCAAUAAAUUAAUCCUCGAUUUGCAGGCGCAGUAGAGAGAGAAAGAAAACGGACGUAAAUUUAAUCCGGCGGUUGGGGGCAUAGCAUGCACCAGCACCAGCACCAGCACCGCAUUAGAUAACGUGGGUUCGAGCGCGGUGGUGUUGUUCCGUCGAAUUGGGUGAAUUGGAUAAGACGAUGUCGCACCAGGUGGUUCAGGUCAGGAGGGAGGCGCUGGCGCCAUGCAUGACAUGCCCUCUCUGCCAUAAGCUCUUCCGCGACGCCACCACGAUUAUCGAAUGCCUCCACACCUUUUGCAGGAAAUGCAUAUACAAGAAGCUUUCGGACGAGGAAAUGGAAUGUUGUCCAAUAUGUAAUAUUGACUUGGGAUGUGUACCAUUGGAGAAGUUGAGGCCGGAUCAUAAUUUGCAAGACGUGCGGGCAAAAAUUUUUCCACAUAAGAGGAUUAAAGUUAAGGCCCCUGAGGUAGUGACACCUGUUGCAUUGCCUGCUAAGCGGAAGGAAAGAUCUCUUUCAUCCUUGGUCGUCAGUACACCACGAGUAUCAGCACAGGUCGGCAUGACUGGGAGAAGAUCAAGAUCUAUUGCUAGAAAAGCAUCAAGAGGAUCCAGUUUUACCAUAGAAAAGCCUGUUGGGAAUUCUGUUGAGGACCAAGCUGAAAGCUCUAGCUCACAAGAGAUGCUGAACAAAUCUACUCCCAAUAAUAGACAGAACUCCUCUGCUGGUGAGCCAUCAAAUCAUAGUCCUGAUAAAGAAAGAGAGAAUUGCUCUGAGCAAUGGGAAGGAAAAUUUGAUCUGUGGAAGCCUUUGACUUGCUUGGUCGAAGCAGCAAAUCGAAGUAAAUCCUCUAAGUCCAACACACAAUAUUCGCAUGUCAAAUCUGAAGAGCAGAAUCCUUAUGAGAAGGAGGAGGGUCUUCUCAGAAAAACCAAAAAUAAGGAACAGAGGAAGAAACCCAAAUUGAAAGAAGAGAAGAAUUCUAGCGACCAUAACCUUCUGGAAAUUGAGAGGCCCAGGAAGCUACGCAGAGUCCGGCAGAAAGCGCAAAAUUUUGGGAACUUCAGGGUUCCCCCUCAGGCUGUGCUUGAUGCUGCAGGUGCUAAAUUCGACAGAAGAAACUGUCCCAUUUGGUUUUCUUUAGUUGCCUCCAAUGAACUGGAUGGAGAUGCAUUGCCCUUGCCUCAGAUUUCUGCAAGUUACUUAAGAAUAAAGGAUGGAAGCAUAACAGUUUCAUUCAUUCAAAAGUACCUCAAGAGGAAGUUAGAUCUUACAAAUGAUGUUGAGGUUGACAUCAAGUGCAUGGGGCAGACCAUCAUCCCCACGCUAACGCUGAACAAUCUGGUUGAUCUGUGGCUUCAAACAGCUAGUAUAGACAGAGUGAAAGCCACAAUCGGCUCAUCAGCUAAGGAUUUUGUGAUGGUGUUGGGCUAUGCUCGCAGGGCUCCUGAUUCUUAGACCACAAGAGAUGCCUUUCAGGAGCACGGUACUUUGGAAUUAGGAGCAAGGUCACAAUGACAAUGCCAUUGGUAAGAUGAGGAGCGAGGAGAAAAUUUGGCAUGUUAUAGUGAUUUGAAUUACCUGUGUUUUAUCUUAUUAUUACAUGAUUGCACUCAUGUAGGUUGCGAAACUUGCAUUUUUUGUUCCUCUGUGUGUUAUUUUACAGUACAUUACACUGGACUUUGACAUAAUUAUGGUCAUUUCAUAUUUGCGACUGCUGAAAAAGCAUUUUUUUUUCCUUUCA